AAAAUCACCGGUCUGUCUGCAAGAUGAGUCCUAGAAAUUAAAAUUUUAAAUCAGAUAAUUUGUGAGAAAUAACAUCUUCAAGAUGUUUUUCCUUAUUUCCCAGUCAUCUCUUCCAUAAAAUAGUUUUAAAUACCCACAAAAUUUGCUACACAUACCUAAAAAGUACCACAUUAGAAUAUAGUGCUAUCUCAUUGCUUCAAAAUGGCUGAUAUAGUGGAUAGAUAUUUGGAAUCAGCAGCAGCUGCGUCACCUGCCGUCGAACCGCUACGGGAGAUAUCUGUAGCCGAAUGGCCCAGCCUGCACGACCUGUUUCAGUCAAACUGGCCUUACGCAGUGGAGGGCUACUGUCUUCUCGACAUGCUCAUCACGACCCCUGGUGUGGCCACCUCCUUCAACUUCAGGGUUUAUUGCCCUUAUGGCUCUAUCCAUAAGGGUAUGAUUGCUAUAAGCGAAACUGAAACAUACCACAUGUACAUAUGCCCAGUAAAGACCGACAAUCUGGCAUGCAUGGAGGAAGUUCUGCUCGCAACCAAAAUAAUCAACUGGAACAAGGACAUCAUUGUGCCAUCAGUGAUGCCUGACGUGAUGAGGAUGAUAGACCGGGUCGCCAGCGUCCUCAAACUGGAAGUCAAGUGCAACGGCUUCGUUGUCAAAUACUUGAAAACUCAGGACUCUUUGCAGUUUGCCGAUGCCGAGUUACCACCAGACACCUACGUGGGUCCGCUAAGAGUUGAGCACCUCUCAAUGGUCGACGCGACAUGGCCCUUCCGCAGCGAAACAUCCUACAAUUACUUCCAGAAACUCAUGGAUAACAAUCUAACCCAUGUUUUGUACAGCGCGAGUACACAUCUACCCUUAGCCUGGGUGUUCGUAGAUGAAACAGGCACCCUCUCCCAUCUCUACUCCAUGGAGCGAUGUCGAAGAUUAGGAUACGCUUCAUACAUAACCAAAAUUGCUGCUAAUAAUUUGCUAAGAAACGGGCAGCACGUUCUAGCAUAUUCUCUUAUGGACAACUUCGCAGCACAGAGGUUCUUCAUCAAAUUGGGCUUCAGAAACUUAGGCGUGACGUCAUGGAUAUUAUUGCAGAAAAGAGUAGUUAAUAUUCCAUCUUGCGCUUAUUGCAGGAUAGUGGAAUUUCACCCCACACCCAACCUUACAUAAAUGUGCCCAUUUAAAUUAUUCACUUAAAAUUAUAACAUCUAAAAAAAAUU